AUGGUUGCUCUUCAUAAUCUUUGUUGUACUGAUAGUUCUUUACUUUUUGGCACCAUCAUAACCAACAGGAAGAGAUAUCGUCUGGGUCAGGCCCCUAUAAGAGGUACCUCGUGGUUAACACCACCUUCCUAUAGACAAUCCCAAAGGCAGUAUAAUGAAGGCGACAAUCAUAUCGAUUAUGUCCCAGAAUACACAGAAACUGCAAAUGUGCAUGAUUUGGGUUAUUUUGAUGAACGAGGUGAAUUUCAUAUGAAUGAUAAAGUUGAGCGAACUAAUCCGGGACCCGUAAAUACAAGUACUUUGUCAGACUCCUCUUUAGAACAUCCAAGACCCGCCGUUGUGAGAGAUGACGAUAGUUCUGAUGAUUUGCAAUUCACAAGACCGGCAUAUACAGCUGCUGGAGCCUCUAGUAAUCAAUACUACAGUUCUAGUACCCAGAAUGAAGAAUUGUCUUCGCCACAGAGGGCAAAACUCUCCCAUUGA